AUGCCCCACUCAUUUGACUGGGUUUGCAAGGACGUCGUUAAAAAGCUUCAAGGAAAAGAUCUGAAGCCUGUCAAAUGUCUGUCAGAUGCGAUGAAGUUCUGCCACUUUGAGAUACUGCAGAAGAAUCCUCAGUCACUGUUUUUUGAAUCUAAAGAUACUCCAGUUGGAUAUUCCCUCCUGCAGAUCUUAGAGCCAAAUUGUCCAGUCCCAGAGCCUGAAGUGUCAGGUCCCAUUCUCCUCAAACACACUGUAUCCUGGAAAUUGAAGGCUAACGUGGGUGUCAACGCCAUUGCAGAACUAAGCCUGUCAACAGGGUUUGGUCAGUCCUGUGGAUAUGACAUCGAGGUUCAGCAUAUUAGCAUCCCAGAUUCAAAACUGGAAAGUCUUCAAAACAGGAAGCUUCUGGAUCAGGAGCCAUUAUUUGUGAAAGAUUGCCGGAUGGGAAUGAAGGACCUGUAUGUGGUGACAGAGGCCUAUGAAGUGACCAAGGAUGCUGUGCUGGAAGACAGUAGCAGUGUAGACCUUUCAGGAAAAGUGGGCAUCCUCCAGGUUGUCAAGGGUGAAGCCCAGGGAGAGUGGCAAAGGGAGAGAACGGAUUCUGUGGCUAUCCUAAAGGGUUCAGUGGUGGCCUACAAGAAGAAGCAACUGGUCAUUAAGAAUAACACUUGUGCCAUUCUCUAUUCUGCUAAGAAGAAAACCUUUCUAGGUAUGCGUCAUAUACGUUCUAGGUUUAAAAAUCGUUUAGCUCUCUCAGAAUGGAUUCCCCGAUCAUCUGAGGAAAUCAUUGAGAGAGACUGGGAGAUAAAUUACAUCUCUCCAAUUGGAAGGAUAGAGGAACCUUUUCAUCUAGAUUUCAAGCACCUGCAAGAUGAGGUUUCUGAGAAAACAUGGGAACUGUCCAUGCUUUCAAAGGAUGUUCAAGAUGUCGUGUUCUCUAGCCUCCUGCCCAUGCUCAGUGACAGGGAGAUUCUGUAUGACCUGAUGAACAUGCUGGAAUUGGAUCAGUUGGGGCAUAUGGAUGGCCCAGGUGCUGUGAUCCUAGAUAUGCUGCGACAGGACUCAAGACCCCCAUGGAUUGACCUAAAGAACCUCAUUCUUUAUCUCCUUCAAGCCCUAAUGGUGCUGAGUGAUACCCAACUCAGUCUGCUGGCCCAGUCUAUGGAGAAGAGGCUCCUCCUCCAGCAACGAGAGCUGGUAAAGAGCAUCCUGCAGCCGAACUUCAAGUAUCCCUGGAACAUCCCCUUCACUCUCCAGCCUCAACUUCUUGCCCCACUCCAGGGUGAGGGCUUGGCCAUUACUUAUGAAUUGCUGAAGGAAUGUGGUCUGAAGAUGGAGCUGAAUAAUCCCAGAUCAACUUGGGAUCUGGAGGCCAAGAUGCCUCUGUCUGCCCUUUAUGGGAGUCUGUCAUUAUUGCAGCAACUUGUAGACGCCUAAAUCUUCCUCAAGGCCUGGCCCCAGCUCAGUCCAUGCUGAGUCCUGGAGACA